AUGCUUAUAAAUGGUCAGCCUAAUGGUUUCUUCAAAUCAUUGAGUGGAGUUAAACAGGGUGACCCUUUGUUACCAACUCUAUUUAUUCUAGCAGCAGAAGCACUUUCUCGGGGAUUGAAUUCACUACACACUAACCUGUAUUUUUGUGGAUUUGGAAUGCCAAAAUGGACCCCAAAAAUAAAUCAUCUAUCAUAUGCUGAUGAUACAAUCAUUUUCUGCUCAUCUGAUGAAACUUCGUUGAGACUUGUCAUGGAGGUUCUGCAAGCUUAUGAAUCAUCAUCUGGUCAACUGGUGAACAAAACCAAAUCAGCCACAUACCUGCAUCAUUUAAUGGAUAAUGAGGUGAUUAACAAGGUGGAAAGGAUUACAGGUAUACGAAGACAAUGUUUCCCUAUGACCUAUCUUGGCUAUCCUAUUUUUUAUGCAAGAAGAAGGGGAGACUAUUACCAGGGAUUAAUCACCAAGGUUAUGGACAAACUUCAGUCAUGGAAAGGAAAACUCAUGUCUGUGGGAGGCAGAGCUGUUUUAAUUGCAAAUGUCAUGCAGAGUAUCCCAAUUCAUAUGUUGUCAGCUGUCAAUCCUCCAAAUUAUGUGAUCAACAAAUUACAUAGCAUUUUUGCCAAGUUUUUCUGGUGCAGCAAUGUCGGAGGCAGCACUAGACAUUGGGCGUCUUGGACUAACCUGUGUAUGCCUUUUGACGAGGGAGGCAUAGGCUUCAGGUCCCUGCAUGACGUAUCGAAGGCAUUGUUCUGCAAAUUGUGGUAG